GCCAAGGGAAACAACGACUUACGAAACAGCUGAGGACUGCAAGAUCACCUUUUGAUGUUUUCUAGUAUUUCAUAAACCUUAUAUGAUAUGUUAAGUGUUUAGUCAUUGGUGAAGGAAUGGUAAUUAUGAAGACGUAAACAGAUUCACUGCUGCAAAUAGAGAACGGCUUUAUUUCUGUUUUGUUUACUUAUCCACAAUGUCAGUGAGGGUGAAAGUAUCAUCAUACAGAAUUUGUGUUCGGACGUAUUCUAUAUUACACUAACCACAACAUUCAAGCUACUGGGGCAUAAGGAGGACAAGGACAUAAUACAACGUAUCAUCAAUGAUUCAGAUCGCGUGUCGACUCUGGAACCUGAGCAUUAUAAGCGUGCUCAUCCUCACCUUCUCCAACAUCCUUCUGAUCGUACGGCUUCUCCACUCCACGGACUGCUCUCGACAGCAACCAUCAGCAUCAGAACCAUUGCAUCUGCAGCAGCCACAGGUUCAAGACAGUCGAACUUCAAAACAGAGCCACGAAUCGCCACCUCAGUCCGCACCUUGCAAACAAGUGAACUCGACAGCUGGACCAUCAUUCACUGUGUCCACCACCAACACAACAAUAUUUCAUGUUGACCUACAACUUGGACGUUGGGAUUCCAGACAUCUCUACAAACUUUUUGAUUUUGCACUUCCUGGAGAUCAGUAUGCCGAACUCUCUGAGAAGUAUUCGGUAUGCCUUGCGACUCAGAGUUCACUAGAGAAGCUCCAAUCCCUGGUGCAAGUGGCGCAUCAUUGGUCCGGUCCAAUAUCUGCAGCUGUGUUUGCGGCAGGCGAUGAAUAUCCACUGCUCCAGCUCUACAUUGCUUUCUUGAGACGUUGUUUUCCUGUCGUGCGUGAUCGCGUUAGCUUCCAUCUAGCAUAUCCCAAAGAUCGUCCGCCUGCAAAAGUUCGUCCAGAUUUUCCACUGAAACCUAAAUUAGACUGUCGUAGACCAGAAGCAGCAUUAGCAAAUUUAGUGCGUCUUCGUAAACCGGAAACGGUAAAGUGGAGAAUGAAGGCUGCAUAUCCGCAAAAUCAUUUGCGCAACCUAGCGCGACGAAAUUGCCAGAAUCCAUACGUCUUCCUCACUGACGUUGAUAUAAUUCCAAGUGCAAAGUUGGCCGAUGGGCUUGAUGUGUUCCUCAAGGAUGCCAAGUGUAAAGGUUUGUGUGCCUACGUAAUUCCAACCUACGAACUGGAUGAGAGAGUGCACUUCCCGCGGAAUAAAACAGACCUCAUCCGGUUGGCCAGGAAAGGAUUGGCCAGGCCAUUCCACCACAAGGUGUUCAUAUACAAUCAGUUUGCGACGAAUUUCUCUAGAUGGCAGGCGAGUGCAGGGAAGGAAGGAGAGGCCGUGCACGUGAAUCAUAACGUGACCAACUUCGAGUUCUUAUAUGAGCCGUUCUACGUAGCACCUGACACCGUCCCAGCCCACGACGAGCGCUUCAUUGGCUACGGGUACACCCGAAACACACAGGUGUACGAGAUGUUUGUUGCUGGAUACCAAUUCCAAGUCCUGUCUCCGAUCUUCACGUGUCACUGGGGACUACAGAACAAGAAGGGUCGUCCUUCAUGGAGAGAGAGACAGAACAGCAUGAAUCGACGUCACUUCGAAACUUUCAAGAGCGAAGUUUUCGCACGUUAUCGGAAAGAUCCUCUGAAGAUGUUGAGUCCAAAGAAACCGCUGACGAAACGACGCGCUGUUCUGGAGAUGUGGAACAUGAUCUAGGCACGCGAAGCAAGGACCGUCUUUUUUCUGUUAUGUACAGCCUAUGUU